CCACUCCUUGGUGGCCUGCAAAUUGGCUGCUCUUGUCAUUCAGUGCGUUUGCUACGCGUGGUGUCGUACCUGCCGCCUCCCCAUUAUGUACUAGAGUCAAGGCGCCACUUCAACAUGAACGGAUGGAUGUCACUUAUCCGGAUGCUGAACAAUGGCGGAAACUGCCAAGCGUGACAGCCGGGUGAUCUUCUUGGACGUGGAUGGAGUCCUGAACACUCUCCAUGGCCAGGCCCAGUUGAGUGCAGUGCUGCUGCAUCGCUUGAGUCGCCUUGUCCACCUGACGCGAGCUAAACUCGUCGUGUCUUCGACAUGGCGACUGCAUUUCAAUCAAUUGCAAACACUCGUCCACGCGCUCGGCGUGGCAAAUGUGCCCUGUCAUCGCAUCCUUGGCGUCACGGGCCCUACCGUCAAGCCAUUGCUGUAUGCACAAGACAGUGUUGGUUAUUGCCGAGCGGAGGAAAUCCUGGCAUUCGUCAGGGGACACCCUCGCCUCAGGUGGGUAGCGCUGGACGAUUUAGCGUUACACGUUCAUCCCGACAUGCCACGCGACUGUUUUGUACAAACGUCUCCCCAUCGAGGACUGAGUCUGGAGGCCAUGCGACGGGUGCUGGCGUUAUUCCCCAAGGCAUCGCACCACCCCAUUGUUGGCGCCAUAACGUGGAAAGUUUCCUUGGACUCAUGCUGCUGCUUCAUCACGAGAGAAGGUGACAAGUCUCUUGUGUUGCGUCAAGAGCAAGGCCGAGACUGGCGGGCAGUCCAUGAAUGGGUUCAUGACGUGACUGGUGGGGAUCCAUUUCAAGUGGUUUUCGACCACAACUUCAACGCUGAACAUGCCAAAGCAGCGGUACAUGGCAACGACAGUUACGCCAUGCUGUUGCUCCACGACGCCAUCGAAUCCGCAAGAUUACAUCACGUCACCACUGACAACGCUCGAGCAUUGCAAUCGUUCGAUCGGUUUGUGUUGCUGCAAAGUCGCCUUGGGACAAACGACACUGUGACGUUCACAGUGGUCAACGCAUACACCAGCACUGUCGAGCGCCAGCACACGUGGUCGAACCCCACAUUGCACUUGACAAUAGCCCUGCUUCGUGCGGUGGACGAGUGGCUCGUACAAACCACGGCGGGGCUGUCGUGGAUCUUGGUGGGUGACGACGUCGAGGAAUGGGUGGAAGGCUGUGCCCGGAUGGAGCUUCCCUGUCCAGCAUACUUUUACACGUGGCAUCACCACGUCAAAGGAGACGUCGAAACUUUCCUGGUAUCUCUGGCCAACGGGAGUCAGGUCGCACCCACAUCGAGCGUUGCGGUCGACGUCGACGUGACCUUGGUGCACCAGCAAUGGGCUGUCUUGUGCCCAUCCCAGCCACCUCAAACAAAGCUCGAGUCGGUGACUUCACUUGAUGCAAGAAACCUUUUGGAACUUUUGCCUGCCAUGAAGUCGCCGGCUACAAGGACCCAGCACGAGUUGAUGAAGGUCGUGGCGCUGAAGGACUGGACGAUGCGACAUUUACUUGCAGGGUACCUUGCUCGAGGGGACAUUACGAAUGGCACGACGCUGGAUAUGACCCUAGCGAUGCUACAUGAUGGAGAACUGGGCUGCUUUGAAGGCACGAGCACUCGUAUCGACGACAUGUUGUGGUGAUGGCACAUUCAUAAAAAUUCAAAAGAUAUUCUAUGGUUUGGGUUGGGCCAAUCGGAACGCCUUUCCUGUACUAAUACAUUAAUUCCG